AUUGCGGCACGCCGCGCGCCUACCGAACCUAGACAGCAGCCUGCUUCUAAUGAGCGCGGGACGGCUGGGCGCGCGAGACCUUGGCCGGGCCACGUAGCGAUGGAUCUACCGUACACACUGGAACUGAGUCCACCGCAAACAUAUCACAACAUAAGUGUCACACAUCCCAAAAAUCACAUUCACAAUAGAGAAUGCAAUAGGAUUAUCAAACUGUGGUGAACUGCAACAGUAGUUGGCUCGUGUUGUGCGUCUGCAGCACUCCAGAAUCCCUGCAACUCUCUGAUUGCACGAAAUGAGAAAGAGGGCGCUCUCAUCGAGGGAUGGGUGAAGCUUGACGCCAUGAGUGACAUUCAAAGGGCAACAGCCAGGCUGGAGGCCACAGGCGGCAGUUUGCAGAUGGCUCCUGAAAAAAGCACAAAGGCUUCAAAAAUCCGGCAUGAAAUUCUCCCUCAAGGCUGAAGCUUAAAGACUGAAGUCCUAACAGACAAUAUAGCUUUGACUGCUGAGAGGCUUCAUCUGCGGAGGGACCGAAACCCCAUCAAGUUUCGAGAGCAGACACCAACUUCCAGAAACGCUUUUAGAGUAAAACUCAACAGGGUCAUAUGGAACAAAGCUCUACCUUGGCGUCGCACGAUCGGAUCCGUCCCUGGCUCGUCUCCUUUGGAGAGCAUGGACACCCUGUUUGAAUCGGGGUGAAGCGUUCCUUCCUUCACCCCCUCCUUCCUGUCUUCUGAGUGGCAGGAGGGGUUGAGGAUAGCGCCCCCCAUCUCCUCCUUAUAACAGAGGCACUUUCACAGUUUCAUUAAGGAUACCAAUUGUACUCGUCCUGUACUGGUGGUGCCCCAGAAACACCCACUGCUGCCCGGAGCCUCCCUGACGCAUGAAAUCGUGCCAAAGCUUAAAGGAGGAGGUGUCCAGCCCUGGCCCAGGUGGGAUGGCCCAGGAGGAGGGGCGCAGGGCACAGCAGGUGGCCCAGUCCUACUACCACUCCUCCAGCCCAGACCUGGACCUAGCGGCCAAGCUGUACCAGCGGGACGGUGGGGGAAAUCCGUAUUCCGUGCUGGUGGACAACAAAAUGGCCGCCAAGCCCACCGUGGGUGAUCAGGCCCCCUGUAAGCUGCCUUCACAGCACAUCACUGUCCCUCAGCAGCCAUAUUACAGGGGGGGGGCUGAAGGGAGCGUUCAGGCUGGCAACGGGGGCACCUCCGAAGACUCGGAGGAGGAAGAGGAUGAGGAAGAGGAGGGCGAAGAGGGGGAGGAGGAAGAGGAGUCCUUCAAACGUGAGCAGAUCAUCGUGGAGGUCAACCUGAACAACCAGACACUGAAUGUCUCCAAAGGGGACAAGCCAAACCCCCAGACCGACGCCUCCGAGAGGCAUGGCAGCGAGGAGGAGGAGGAGGAGGAGGAUGAUGAUGAUGACGAUGAAGAUGAGGAAGAAGAGGAAGAUGAGGAGUUGGAGGAAGAAGAGGAGGAGGAAGAAGAGGAAGAUGAUGAGGAGGAAGAAAUUGAGAGCCGUAGAACAAGAACAAAGCGUGCCAAUCGUGGAGUGGCAACCGCUACCAGCCAGCCCCAGAGGAACCGCCGGCACACGGCCCUGUGCACUACCACUGGCAUGACCACCAGGGGGCGACGGCACACAACCACCCAGCCACCCAAAAGGAAGCGUCGGGCUGCCAGGGAGGGCAAGGGUGCACCCUCCUCCGCAGGCUCCGCUGUGGGGGUUAAAGGGUAUGGGGAGGAGAAAGAGACGCUGGCGUGUGAGAAGUGCCCGCGUGUGUUCAACACACGCUGGUACCUGGAGAAGCACAUGAACGUCACACACAGACGCAUGCAGAUCUGUGACAAGUGUGGGAAGAAGUUUGUCCUGGAGAGUGAGCUGGCCUUACACCAGCAGACUGACUGUGAAAAGAACAUCCAGUGUGUCUCCUGCAACAAGUCUUUCAAGAAGCUAUGGUCACUGCACGAGCACAUUAAGAUUGUGCAUGGCUACGCGGAGAAGAAGUUCGCCUGUGAGAUCUGCGAAAAGAAGUUCUAUACAAUGGCUCAUGUUCGCAAGCACAUGGUUGCUCACACUAAGGACAUGCCCUUCACAUGUGAGACCUGCGGCAAGUCGUUCAAGCGCAGCAUGUCCCUGAAGGUUCACUCACUACAGCACUCUGGAGAGAAACCCUUUCGCUGUGAGAACUGUGACGAGAGGUUCCAGUAUAAGUACCAGCUCCGCUCCCACAUGAGCAUCCACAUCGGACACAAGCAGUUCAUGUGCCAAUGGUGUGGCAAGGACUUCAACAUGAAGCAGUAUUUUGACGAGCACAUGAAAACGCACACAGGGGAGAAGCCAUUCAUCUGUGAGAUUUGCGGGAAGAGCUUCACCAGCCGACCCAACAUGAAGCGCCACCGGCGGACGCACACGGGGGAGAAGCCCUACCCCUGUGAGGUGUGCGGCCAGCGCUUCCGCUUCUCCAACAUGCUCAAGGCCCACAAGGAGAAGUGUUUCCGGGUCACCAGCCCUGCUGGCCACCCCCUGCCUCUCCACAUGUCAGCCAGCACCCCCUCCUCCUCCUCUGGCCCGGGCCACGCCCCCUCGGUCGCCGCCUCCGCUGCCUCCGCCCCCCUGGGGCUCAGCCCGGCUGGGGCAACUCUCACCCCACGGGCCCCUGCAGGACACGCCACGUUCUCCCACCUGCACCUGCACUCUCCCUCCUCCCAUCACCUGCACCCCGGCCCGCCCCUCCACGUCCCGCCCCUCCCUCACCAUCACCUGCCCCCUCCCCCCGUCUCCCACCUGCCCCCUCCCCCCGCCCUCUUCAAGAGUGAACCCCUCAACCAGUGUGGUCACGAGGACAGCGGCUACCUGCGACACAUGGCCCCCCAGGACAAGGGCCCAGGUGCCCCCCAGCACCACUGAACCACCCCCCUCCCCGGGACCGUAAGGAGCAGACCCCAGCCCAACUCCCCCUGUACCCAGCCUCGGACGCAGAGAGGCACCUCAGAGACUGACAUGAACAUGACAUACUCACAGCUUCCUGCACAACUGUGGGAGUGUGUCUGUGUGUGUGUGUGUCCGUGUGUGUGUGUGUGUGUGUGUGAGAGUGAGUGAGUGUGGGAGAGAUGGACUGAUCUAUACACUUUCGGUAUACAUGUUUGAUUAGUGAGUGACCCACUAUAUGAUGGCUCUAGUCAACUGACACAGAUUUUACAACUUCUCGCUCAUCUUGAUGCCCCCCCCCCUGUUUUGUGAGGUGUUUCUGCCGCGGGGCGGUCAGUGUACUUCCUAUCAUCCCCCAAUGGCUGCUGAUGUUACUCCUCUAAUUGUGUUGUAUGAUGCAGGUAGCAAUACCGAUCAAAUUUAUUGUCCCGGUCCUUCGUUUCGGCCGGCCCACAUAACCGCAGCGCUAAUACCGGCCCGUAGGACCUUGUGUUCCACCACAGCCUCGUCCGAUGUUUACAGUCUCGGUUCUGGCCGGGCUUCGACCUGUCCCCUGAGGCACUCAAAGUCAGGGGUCAGCGCCACAAGUCACGGUCAAUACGAUCCAUUCCGCUCUGCGACCGGUCAAAUGCCACGGCGACUUCAACAAAUGGUAAACUGGUGCUUUCUGUUACAGUUCUGUACACAGGCUGGAUCUGGUCCAGACGGUGGUUCUCAGUGUGAUCUGUGACGUUUGGUGUUCUGAGUUUUGUUUUGUCGCGGUGCGGCCCUGGGAUAUGUCCUGCCUGACGAAUGAUGGGGUUCCCACACAACAAACCUGAUGAGCCUGAAUGUGCACUCAUGUUUAUAUCACACACACACACACACACACACACACACCAACCUGAUGAACCUGAAUGUGCACUCGUUUAUAACACACACACACACUUUCGCUAGCCGUGUGUCAUGAUUGUCAUCGCAUACUUUCACUUUGUGUUGGUCAAGGGACUCUGCUUUAAGUCGUCUGUCAGCAAAGCUGUUCAACACGUCACUGUGAUGGGCCUUUACUCAUACGACCCGACAUGAUCCUCGCUCUGUUCCUCUCUGUCUCUGUUUCACUGCUGCUGCCAAGAUAAUACGGGUGACACGGUCAUGAAAACACACAAGUUCUGCCUUUUUUUAACAACAACUCUUAACUGAAAUAGAUGUAUUUUUCCAACUGGACGAUAUUCCACAGCUUGGUGUGGAUUGGGGACACUUGUGAGCAAAACCUUUUUUGUAACUGUUCUCUUGAUUUUCCUGUCGUGUAUACAGUUCAAGGCUACACAGUAGGGCCCUGUCGCACAUGUUGGCAAAUAUCAACGUUAUAAACAUAUUGAAUGUUGCCUAGAGAUGAGUGAUAUGGGCUGUUUAGCAAUCAAAUGUUGUUUUCUAUUAAUAUUUUCUGGAACUUUGCUAUGUUCAGUUUCCAACUGAAGAAUUGUUCUCAUCUUGCUCAGAACAUACUGUUGAGUGAUAGUUGUAGGAUAGGUGGAGCAGGGGUGUCAUAAACACAUUUCUCCCCAGCAUUCAGCCUUCAGCGUCUGGCUUUCAACAAGUGAAAAGGUCCUGCCGUCAAUUAAUGAAGAAACAGUCCUCUGUUCAUAAAGAAUUGGCUGUCUGGCUUUCCGUUUGGUGAUGAUCGGUUCUUGGUCAUGGAUUGGUAUGAAUGUCUCAUAUCAUUUCCACGCAGUUUCUGUUUGUUUCAGUCGUUUUAAAGCACAUCUAUUUUGUCAAAGAUGUUUUGUCACCCCUGAAUUAGAGGAUGUCUCUGACACACAUUUACAUUUACAUUGUACAGAUACAUUUACCCAAGUUGUUGAAAGAAAUAAAAUUUUGGUGUGCGUGCGUGAGUGUGCGUGCGUGCGUGCGUGCGUGAGUGUGCGUGCGUGCGUGAGUGUGCGUGCGUGAGUGUGCGUGCGUGAGUGUGCGUGCGUGAGUGAGUGUGCGUGUGAGCGAUCCGUGUCCCAUUGUAAGGUAGUGUCUGUCAGGUUGGGAUUAGUCAGGUUGCUGAAUGACAGAGGUUCUGGUGUUUUGGGGGGUGGUAUUUUUAUAUAGAGUGGGCUCUGGGGUUUUAUGCCAUCCUUCCCCCUAUUUUGGAUGGUUAUCAGACCAUUCAGAAGCAACAUUGAGCUCUGUUCCGUGUGUGGGUGGGUGAGUGUGUUUUUCAGCAAUGGCCAAUUGGAACAGUACAGGUGCUCUUGUAGGAAAAGCUGCUUUGAAGUGGCCCGUCUCCGGCCAUAUUCUCUCUGUGUCAUUCAGCUCUUUGGGUCUCCCGCUACACACACCCUUGGAACUAGAACGGACGGUAGGUUUCUGUGAACUAACGCACCAGGAUAACGUUGGAUCUGUUUGAUGAUGGUUUCAGUGUCUACCUUCAUUUGGAGAGAACGGAAGGUGAACCAUGGGAGAACUUUGGGUGUUGGGCCUUCGUCACUUGGUUUAGCAGUGCAAUGGACACUCAUCCUCUAGGGAGCAGCAGCCAAUCCCGAUUAGACCUUUGUGUCAGCUUAAACACCAGUUCCCCCGGUUCACUACGGUUUCAUGUCUUUUACAUUUAAAAACGAACAAACUAAGGUUUGUUUUUGAAAAGCCUUUUCAUUUGUGUGUAUCCUCUGCACUUUACUGCUGCGUGAGUGAGGAGCGUUGAGGGGAGGUGCUGGCAGUGCAUUGUGGAAGUGAUGCAUCUGCUGUGUGGAGAACAGAGUGUUCUGGUGAUGGGCUGUGUUGGGACAAGGAAAAGGAGGAGAAUCAACGUGGAGGCGGGUAGUGUGGAAGGGACCCUGGCACAAGAAGGACAUUUUUGUUUUCUAAUUUGUUUAGUUUAUAUAUCCCCUCCCCCCCUUGUAAGGGAGCAGACUUUGGCUUCAAGCAGGGCUCCCAGAGAUGUCCCAGAGUGUUCUUCCCCCUGCUCUGGCAAUUUUACACUAGCCCCCUCCUUAAUUCAUUUAUCUGAAAUACAUUCUUGUGAUUGGCUGAGGUGCCUGUCGGCCUCAUAUCUGUUCUGUACAUUUUGCUCUUCCAAUCUACUGUAGGAUUCUCCUCCUUUGAUCUUGGUUAUAGAAUGCACUUUUCUACUAAAAGCCUGGCUAGUUAAGGAAAAUAACAAUGUAUAUUCUUUAAAGAUGGUUUUAAAAAAAAAAAAUCAAUAUACUUUCCCCCCUCCCCUGUAUUUUUAACCACUUAAUGUAGCAUUGCAUAUUUUAUUAUUGUGAGUAUCUGGUACACAAUUGUGCAGCUUUAUAAUGUCCUGGGUUUGUGUUUUUUAUUUUUUUGUAUGUUUGUUUUUUGAGAUUACCGAGAAGUGGAAACGUUGGACCUUUUUGAUAAAGUCCAUUUAACAGACUGCUAACUUUCGGAAGUAAAAACAAGUAGCCAUAACUUUCAUCACA